GCGUGCUAUUUCCGCCGUAGCGCCGCUGUCAAACUCCUUUCUCGCUCUUUUUCCGGGCAUCUUUGAUGUGCGAGUGAACACAUUUCACCGACUGUGCAACACAAAUUCGCUAUGGUUUUCGGAUCAAAGGUGAUCAAGUCCGGCGGUGCCGAGCCGGACGCGUUCGAGGGCCAGAUUGGCCAGGCCAUCCUGGAGCUGGAGAUGAACUCGGACCUGAAGCCGCAGCUGCGUGACCUCCACAUCACCCGCGCUCGUGAGAUCGAGUUCAACAACAAGAAGGCCAUCGUCAUCUACGUGCCGGUGCCCAAGCAGAAGGCCUUCCAGAAGGUCCAGACCCGGCUGGUCCGUGAGUUGGAGAAGAAGUUCUCCGGCAAGCACGUCGUGUUCAUCGGCGAGCGUCGCAUCCUGCCCAAGCCCCAGCGCGGUCGUCGUGACCCGAACAAGCAGAAGCGUCCGCGUUCCCGUACCCUGACCGCCGUGUAUGACGCCAUCCUCGAGGAUCUGGUCUUCCCGGCCGAGGUCGUCGGAAAGCGCAUCCGCGUCAAGCUGGACGGUUCGCAGCUGAUCAAGGUCCAUCUGGACAAGAACCAGCAGACCACCAUCGAACACAAGGUCGACACCUUCACGUCGGUGUACAAGAAGCUGACCGGACGCGACGUCACGUUCGAGUUCCCGGAACCCUACCUGUAAACUAUUCGCGGCGCGCUGAAGUUCUAGCAAUUAAGUGAGGAAUGCGAGAUGGAGAAGUGGGAGGGUGCAAAUGUGAAUUUAAGUAAGGAACUGGUGAAAGUCCUUUCUUUUGUUUGUGUUUGUGCAGCAAAAAAGAUAAAAACAACAACAAAGAAUAAAGUUUGGCACAUUUGCUAAAACGAAAAAAAAAUUAAAGGUGUACAAAUGUU